AUUAUCGAUUAUGACGAUAAAUACGAUAGUAACAAUAAUAAUAACGAUAAUAACGACAAUAACGAUAAUAACGAUAACAAAGGUAAUAACGACAAAAACGAUGAUAACGAUAAUAAGAAUAUUAACGAUAAUAUUAAAAAUAGUAAUAAUAAUAACAAUCAAAAUAAUAAUAACAUACAUAAUAAUAAUAAUAAUAAUAAUAAUAAUAAUAAUAAUAAUAAUAGUAAUAAUAAUAAUAAUAAAAAUAAUAAUAACAUUUAUAAUAAUAAUAAUAAUAAUAAUAAUAUUAGUAAUAAUAAUAACAAUAAUAAUAAUAAUAAAAAUACGAUUUUGACGAUAUCAAAAAAUAAUAAUAAUAUUAAUAAUAAAAUUAAUAAUAAUAAUACAAAUAAUAAAAAUAAUAAUAAUAACAGUAAUAACAAUAAUAAUAAGAACGAUAAUGGCGAUAAUAACGAUACUAACUAUAAUAGCGAUUAUAACGAUAAUAAUACUACUAAUAAUAAUAAUAAUAACGAUAACAACGAUAAUAGAGAUUAUAAUAAUGAUUACGAUAAUGACAAUAAUGAUUUUAACAGAAAUAACGAAAAUAACGAUAAUGACGAUAAUAAUGAUGUUGAAUGCAACGGUGAUCACUUGUUAUCGGCACUUAACGUGGCUGUGACGUCAUGGUGGCCACCGUUUUAUUAUGCGCGUACGUUACGUUGUGUCGUAUUGAAACAUUCUAAACAAAGAAAGUAUGAACCAGAAAGUAGCACAGUCUUUGCUAUUUGUCACGACUUUUUCGCUACAGUUUUUUGCAAUUAUUCUCCCUAA